CAGUAUGACAUGCAGAUGAGUGCCGUCGAUCUUAGAAUCACCGCACACUUCACUCAUUUGGGCAGUCACGGGGCCAAAACCAGAGUGUGGAGCCACAGUGUGGCGGUGGAGGCAGCAGCAGCAAUGGGAGCCAUACAGCACCCUAUGACAAAAAUGGAACCCACCAGCAGUGUAGAGGAGACCUGAAAGUGGCACAUGGCAGAGUGUGGCGAUGGAGACAGCAGCAAAGAGAGGGGAGGCCGUACAGAGGACCCAUGACACACUUUGGGGACCUGGCAGCAGCAUGAGGAGGCGGUACAGGGGCCCAUGACAGAUUACGGGCCUGGCAGCAGCAUGAGGAGUCGCCAAAUUGAAGGCCCAGUAUGUUAAAUGACAGUCACCCAGCAGCAGCCUCAG